AUGCCUUGUGCUGCGCCCUGCGAUUGGAUUCCUUGCGACGAGCGAUGCGACAAGAUCUUACCUUGUGGGCAUCAAUGCCCUGGACUUUGCGGUGAAAUCUGCCCUAUACAAUUCUGCCACACCUGCGGACAAAAAGACGAAGUACGCGUUGACCUGCUCGAAAUGAAGAGUUACGCCGAGAUAGACGUUGAUGAAACUCCGGUCGUACUCCUCAACUGCGGUCAUCUAUUCACAGCAGAGACACUAGAUGGGCUUGUGGGAUUGACGGAUGUAUAUGAGACCGACAAACACGGCGUCAUUACCGGACUGAAGGAUCUAUCGCACGAGCUGGCAGUGAAAAUACCUCAAUGCCCUGAUUGUCAAUCCCUAAUCAUGCAAUAUGCUACACAGCGCUACAACCGGGUUGUCAAUCGAGCUGUCAUGGAUGAGGUGUUGAAACGUUUCAUUGUUUAUGGACAGACUGAACUUCGAAAUUUGGAUGAAAAGAUUUCCGCCUUAGAAAAGAAACUCGAGAGUACAGUGAACUCGUUCACGAAAGAUGUCCUGUCUGAUGAGGAUGAGGAGGAUGAGGAUGAACAUCAACCUCGCCGAUGUAUUCUCGUGGAAUCUAUCAAACCUUGGUACGAGCAGGUCGAAAAAUUGAUCAAGGAGAUUCGUCAAUUGGAGAAGGAUUUUGCUCAGCAACGCCAGCCAAACAAAAUGCUACACGACGCGAUUGUUUAA